AUGGCCCUCGAUAGCUAUUACCAGAACAAAAUUGAGGCGAUGAAGCUUGAGAUUCUCAAGGGUCAAGCUGUCCUCCGUCGUCUCGAGGCUCAAAGGAAUGAUUACAACUCCAGGGUCCGGUUAUUGCGGGAGGAGCUCGGUCUGCUACAACAACCAGGAUCCUAUGUCGGUGAGGUUGUGAAGGUCAUGGGCACAAAGAAGGUGCUGGUCAAAGUACAUCCGGAAGGCAAAUAUGUUGUCGACGUUUCGGACAGCGUGGACGUCUCCAAGCUCACCGUAGGAAAACGGGUCACCCUACUAUCCGACUCAUACAAGCUUGAAAAGAUCCUCCCGUCCUCGGUCGACCCCCUCGUCUCUCUCAUGAUGGUCGAAAAAGUCCCCGACAGUACUUACGACAUGAUCGGCGGCCUCGACCAACAAAUCAAGGAAAUCAAAGAGGUAAUCGAGCUCGGCCUCAAGCACCCGGAACUCUUCGAGUCCCUCGGCAUCGCCCAGCCCAAGGGCGUGCUCCUCUACGGCCCCCCCGGUACAGGCAAGACCCUGUUGGCCCGCGCCGUCGCCCACCACACCGACUGCAAGUUCAUCCGCGUCUCCGGCUCCGAGCUCGUACAAAAGUACAUUGGCGAAGGUUCCCGCAUGGUGCGCGAACUCUUCGUUAUGGCGCGCGAGCACGCCCCCUCCAUCAUUUUCAUGGACGAGAUCGACUCCAUCGGCUCCUCCCGCGUCGAGGGCUCCUCCGGCGGCGACUCGGAAGUCCAACGCACCAUGCUCGAGCUCCUCAACCAGCUCGACGGUUUCGAGCCCACGAAGAACAUCAAGGUCAUCAUGGCCACGAACCGCCUCGACAUUCUCGACCCCGCCCUCCUCCGCCCCGGCCGUAUCGACCGCAAGAUCGAGUUCCCGCCCCCGAGCGUCGAGGCCCGCGCCGACAUUCUCCGCAUCCACUCGCGCAAGAUGAACCUCACCCGCGGCAUCAACCUCACCAAGAUCGCCGAGAAGAUGAACGGCUGCUCCGGCGCCGAGCUCAAGGGCGUCUGUACCGAGGCCGGCAUGUACGCCCUCCGCGAGCGUCGCGUCCACGUCACCCAGGAAGACUUUGAGCUCGCCACCGCCAAGAUCCUCAACAAGCACGACGAUAAAGAAAUUUCCCUUGGCAAGCUCUGGAAGUAA